AGCAAUCUUCCGGUGGCCCUGUAGGAAAUUUUGAUAGGGUUGCCAUUUUCACCAAAUAUAAAAUCACCCAAUACAGUUAUUGGGCAAUGCAGAACACACAAUGAGUUUAUUUGCGAGUGCUAAACACCAGAGGAAAAACAACUAGAGUUAAAAAAUGGCAGAUUCUGUAGUGAUGGGGAGCGGAUCUUUAAACUCCGGAAGCCGCUCGGGGAGCAGUAAGACCAGCACAAGUCCAACAGAGAACUAUCAGCUGGCUCGGAGACGCACGCUGCAGGUGGUGGUCAGCUCUCUGCUGACAGAGUGUGGCUUCGAGAGCGCUGAGAAAGCAGCGAUGGAGACACUCACUGAGAUGAUGCAGAGCUAUAUAACUGAGGUUGGACGAUGUGCGAAGGCAACCUGUGAGCACACGGCUAGAAGCUCCCCUACACUCUCUGAUGUGGUCAUCACACUGGUCGAAAUGGGUUUUAAUGUGGAUACUCUUCCAGUGUAUGCCAAAAGAUCCCAAAGGAUGGUCAUAACUGCACCUCCAAUAACAAAUGUGCCAGUCGUCCCAAAAGCCCUCAUUGCCGGACAGAAGCGCACUCAUCCAACAUACAUCCCCAGCCACUUCCCAGAAUUCCCAGAUCCUCAUACAUACAUCAAAACGCCAACCUUUCGAGAGCCUGUGUCAGAUUAUCAGGUGGUGAGAGAGAAGGCGGCAUCGCAGAGGAGAGAUGUGGAACGUGCGCUCACACGCUUCAUGGCCAAGACAGGAGAGACGCAAAGCCUUUUUAAGGAUGACAUCAGUACAUUCCCUUUGAUCGCAGCAAAGCCGAGUGCCAUCCCUUACCUGAGUGCCCUGCUGCCCUCUGAACUAGAGCUUCAGACAAUGGAGGAGACAGAUUCAUCUGAGCAGGAUGACCAGACAGACACUGAGAACAACUCCAGUAACGUCAGUCAGGAUGACCAUAGUGCAGAUAAGGAGAAUGUAGUGCUGCCGCCUGGUGGUGGUGUGCCUUCAGGGAAGGCCAAUGAGGAAAACAUGAUUGACAACCCAUAUCUUCGGCCAGUAAAAAAGCCCAAAGUGAGAAGGAAAAAAUGAAAAUUUAUAUAUUGACUCGGCUACUUCUAUCAGCUGAUUAGGAUGGAUGAUGACUUAGAACGCGCUAAUCACAUUGUGCCCCUUGAAGUUACAGCUACAGUGGUCCAUCACGUUACUGAUGUUUGAUUCAUGUAGAAGGACAGACUGUUCUGUACAUCUGAAAAAUAUUAGAUGGAAUUCAAGCAGGCAACUUCUCUAAAGUGUAACAGAGCUUACAGUUGUUUUUUGGUAGUUUGUUUUGAUAACCCUUCCCUUGAAAUAUCAUUUAGUUUUUACGGUUCUAAACAACACAUCAGAAACAUAACAUUCUCUUUUGAUUUGUGUGCACUUGUUACUCAUUUGUGAGUGAUGGUAGUAAAUGUCUAUCAUUGUUUAUUUUAAGGCAUCGUUUUAAAAUAAUUUAAAAAUUAAACCAAAAUGUGGAAACAUCUCCAUUAUGA